AGUGCAGAUAUGUGUUCGUUGACUGGUAGAUAUAAACGUUUUGCUGUCCAGAAUCGUUUAGUUCAUCGACAUUUACCUAAGAUGGAUCAAGGAAUUGCAACAGUUUUCUUUCUUCUAUUUCAACACUGCUUAUGUAGUUUAAACGACCUACGCCAUCGUGCACCAAGAACAGAACUUCUUCCACACCAGUUCGAGACUUUGCGUCACGUGGCUAUGAUCAAACAAGAAAUAUUACGUCACCUUGGAAUAACAGACUCACCUAGACAAUACCAUACGACGCCAACACACAAAUCUAUGUCUAGUCACGAAACUGGUCGUCAAAUAACUGAGUACAAAGCAACCGAUGUUGCAUCGUAUCACUCCGAACCACCUGACAAUUUCACAGAUGAAAACAUUAUCCAGUUCAAGCUUUUCAACAAGAUAAACGGGAAACAACUUGAAGUGAACAAUGUCAACCUUCUUGUAAGAGUGAAACUGAGAAAGUCCAAAAAAGACAAGAGAACGGAACGAAAUGCGGAUAUAAAAACCAAAAGAAGGAAGCGUAAGAAGAAAUUUAAGGAAAUUAAUCUACUGGUAUCAAAUGUGACAGCAAGUGGACAACCAGAUACAGCAAUUACGUCAGUAAAAUCUAAAAUAAGAAAGACAAAGUCCCUAAAACUAAGUAUUCCUAAAGAGUUGAUUCAGACUGUGUUAGAUUCACAUACAAAAAUACUGCAGCUUUUCAUUCAGUGUAUUGGUUGUGAUAAAAAGGCAAAGAUGAUUUUAGUUCAUAAAAGAAGAAAGCGAAAAGUGACACAAACUAGAGGAAACAAGCAAGCCAAAUUACACAAGCGCCGUCCUAUUUUAUUCGUUUAUUCCCAUGUAAGGAACGAGAGUUGACAGAAUGUAAAGACACUAUUUAUUGUUAUAACACUAUGAUAUGUUUUUAUUUCUAAAAUGGCUCUAAUGCAAUAAAACUGACAUUUGA